AUGAAGCUGAGCAGUCUUGUUGCUUUUGCUGGGCUCUCGGCCCUUUCCGAGGCCAGCCCUAGGGCCCGGCCCAACUUUCUCUUCGUCUUCACAGAUGACCAAGACUUGACUAUGAAUUCCGUCGAGCAUAUGUCCCAUGUUAGCAGUCGCAUUCGAGACCAAGGGAUUGAUUUCACAAACCACUUUGUUACGACCGCGCUUUGCUGUCCGUCGCGCGUCAGUCUCUGGACGGGGAGACAAGCCCAUAACACAAACGUGACUGACGUCAGUCCACCGUACGGUGGGUAUCCCAAAUUCAUUUCCCAAGGCUUCAACGAGGACUGGUUCCCCGUGUGGCUGCAAAAUGCCGGAUACAACACCUAUUAUGUCGGCAAGCUAUUCAACGCCCACAGCGUUCAGACCUACAACGAUCCGUUCGUCAAGGGAUUCAACGGCUCGGACUUCCUCCUUGACCCAUUCACAUACUCCUACUGGAAAUCUAGUUACCAGCGAAAUCACGAGCCCCCAAAGAGCUACGCCGGUCGGUAUACAACAGACGUCACGGAGGAGAAGGCUCUAGGCUUUCUGGACGAUGCAUUGGAAGACAAGACCCGACCCUGGUUCUUAACCGUUGCGCCCAUCGCGCCGCAUUUCGAGCAAGACCCCAAUCGCACCGAGGGGACACCGCCGCAAGCACCGAUCCCAGCGCCUCGUCAUGCGCAUCUCUUCCCUGGUGCUCGUGUGCCGCGCACGCCGUCCUUUAAUCCACUUAACCAAACCGGCCCCAGCUGGAUAAAGGACCUAAAACACCAAAAUCAAUCCGUUGUCGACUAUGAAGACUUCUUCUACCGCCAACGUCUCCGCGCCCUGCAAGGUGUCGACGAAAUGGUCGACAAGCUUCUAAACCGCUUAGAGCGCAGCGGGCAGCUCAAUAACACCUAUGUUAUUUACAGCUCCGACAACGGGUUUCAUAUCGGACAGCAUCGGCUCCCGCCUGGGAAGUCGACUUCCUAUGAUGAGGAUAUCCGCGUGCCCUUUUUCGUACGCGGACCGGGGAUCAAGCCAGGCCAGACGGAUUCCCAGGUCACAACGCACAUCGAUUUUGCUCCGACGAUAUUUGAACUUCUCGGGCUGCCAUUACGGAAGGAUUUCGAUGGAACACCGAUGCGGAUUGCGAAAGAUAGUGCUGGUGUUGCACAUGAGCACGUCACGGUGGAGUACUGGGGUGCUGCGGUACUUGAAGGGGAGUACGCGAAUCUCUCCCCCGAGAGCACAUACCGCAUGCCAAACAACACGUACAAAUCCGCCCGCAUUGUCAGCGAAAAGUAUAACCUUUUUUAUGCUGUAUGGUGCACCGGUGAUCAUGAAUUAUACAAUCUAAAUGCCGACCCUCACCAAAUUCAUAAUAUCUACAGUUCCACGCCCCAGUCCUUCAAAAACCGGCUUGAUGCCCUUCUUCUCGUCCUGAAAUCUUGCGCCGGAAGCACAUGUAUCAAGCCGUGGGACGAACUGCAUCCCGACGGCUCAGUGCAAAGUCUAGUUGGCGCGUUAGAUCCACAAUACGAUGAAUUUUACGCCGGGUUGCCGAGGGUUGCCUACUCGGUUUGUGAGGAUGGUUAUCUUAUUGCUGCGGAAGGGCCCCAGUGGAGUGGUGUAAGUUUAAAUAAAAGGCUCUAA